UUCGUUGUCGCCGUUGGCGACGCGGGCACAUGCAAUUGACGCGCCACCCGCACGUCCCGAUUCAGAUGAUCGCUCCCCACACCGACGCUUGUUCCGAUUUCGUGGACAUGCCGCUUCUGAGGGUUCUCUUGAGGUGUGUACUCAAUCUGCUUUCCGCUACAGUCUCGGAUGUGCUCCUCUAACUAACAGGAUCAGAUGGAAGGGUCGUGAGGGCUGUGCGCACAUGACAAGAUGACUCAUUGCUCGCGCACUCGUUGGCAAGCUGGCAGAGACAGCGGGGACCGCUCGCCGUCCUCUGGGCGGAGGGCAAACCGCAGUGGGCGAGUCACGGGACGGGCAGGCGUAUAUGGCGAGACACUCGCACGGUGCCUUCUCACUGUAUUUACGUGCCCGGUGGUUGGAGUGUCCGCUUUGGACUUUCUUCUACCUGCAUUCAGCUAGCUUCUGGAAGCCUGACCUUGGUCACGCACCCACAGCGAGCGUACGCCCUUUUUUGCUACCCUUAGCUCUUACACCUACCCCUCUUUCUCGUUCUCUGUCCCUCUCACCGCGAGGUCCACUGUCUUUUCCCGCUCCCGUCUUGCUUCCCCCACUUUCCGCCCCGAGCCUCAAGCUUCGAAUAUCGAGCCGCAAGAGCAUUCCAACGCGCACGCACGCCAUAUUUCGCCUCGACGUUGAGCCCUAACCCAAUCAAGACAAGAUGUUCAACAAGUCAUCGUUGUUAGCUGCCCUCCUGGGCUGUGCUGUCACUCUGGCUGCUGCCAAACCGAUUGACACCAGCGCGGUUCCUACUUGCGUGAACAGUUGUGUUACGAGUGCGGGCGCAGGCUCGGGCUGCUCCGGCCUGGAUACUAGCUGCGUUUGCGCAAGCUCUGCCUUCCGUUCCGCAUUCACAGGCUGCAUCCAGUCUUCGUGCGACGCGAGCGACGCCGCCUCCGGUACAAGCUUCUUCGACGCUGUCUGUUCGGCUUCUGCAUCCACUGCACAAGUUCGCGUCGCGCGUCAGGAGCUCGCCAGCUCUUCUGCAGCCUCCAGCGUUUCUGACACUACACCUUCCGUGUCAGCGGCAAGCACUGGGGUUUCCGAGCCUCUAAGCUCCGCAGCGUCUUCAAGUGUUGUCAUCGUCUCGAGCAUCACGCCCUCACUCCCCUCAACCCUCUCGGGCUCGACUAUCACGGUCUCCGCCACCCAGACAGGCUCGGCAACAACUUCCGCCUCCACUACCGAAGCCCAUUCGUCCUCAUUCCCGCCCUCCGCUUCGGGCAGCGGCAGCACAAGCGUCGUUGUUAGCACCGACUCGAGCGGCAGCGUUGUGACCACUGUCGUCAGUAGCACGUCCUCUGAGGCCUCGACCGAGCCCACCGUCUCUACCUCGAGCGUCACUCUCCUUUCCAGCGGAGUCCAAUCUACGGGGACCCUCACAGUCCCGCCUGUGACGCUCAGUACUCUCAGUACAACGCCGAACGACGUGACCAGCGUCGUCACAGUGCCGACGCCUAGCCUGCCGAGUACCUCGCCCAGCACGACUGCCAAUGCGGGCGUUCGGUCAGGUGCUCAGGGUGCCGGUCUUGCUCUGGCUGGUAUCGUGGCCGCUCUCGUCUUCUAAGAAGCAAGCAAUUAUUUAUGAGGUGCGCCCAUAGGGGUUGGACUUUCAUUAAGACGACUAUGGUAAUUUCAGCUCGUCCCCCUUUGAGGACACUUUCCUUGGACUUUGUUCGCGCGGACAGUGGCGGAUGCCUUUGACUCAGCAGAGCACCGUCGCACCCCUCCGUUGUUGUUUUGGGUAGUGGCUUCUUCGUUCCCCCCUGUUGUUGUGUUGUUGUUGUUAUCGUUAUUGUACGCCCUCGCCUCUCUAUUACACCCUCUGCACACUUUCCCUCCGCUGUACCCCCUGUGGACACCUCAGCCUCGCUCUUGCGUGGUUCCCAUGUGCAAUAUACCCAAGUGCCGUUUGCCAUAGGCCGUGU